GCGGCGGAAGCGGGGAGGCGGGCCGGGCCGGGCCGGGCCGGGGCGGGGCGGGGCCGCGAGCGGCAUGGAGGAGGCGGAGGCCGCGGCGCGCCUGGAGGAGCAGUGCGGGCCCGAGUAGGGCCCGAGCGGGGCCCCGGCCCUGUGAGCCAUUCCUGAAGGCAUGGCUUGGCCAGGACUGUGGUGACCCCCCCCUAAUCCGCCAUGGACGACUGGAAGGCCAGCCCCCUCAUCAAGCCCUUUGGGGCUCGGAAGAAGCGGAGCUGGUAUCUUACCUGGAAGUAUAAACUCACCAACCAGCGGGCCCUGAGGAGAUUCUGUCAGGAACUCAUUGUGGAGGGGACCAAGGCAAUCAAGACCUCAAAUGGAAAACUGGACCUUUGGACAGGGUCUGUGCUUUUCCUACUGGUGACUGUCAUUGUCAACAUCAAGUUGAUUCUGGAUACACGACGGGCAAUCAAUGAGGCCAAUGAAGACCUGGAGCCAGAGCAAGACUAUGAUGAAGUCCUAGGCCGACUGGAGCCCUCACGGCGCAGAGGCAUUGGUCCCCGGAGGGUCCUGGAUGUGGAGGUGUACUCAAGCCGCAGCAAAGUAUAUGUAGCAGUGGAUGGCACAACAGUAUUGGAGGAUGAGGCUCGAGAGCAGGGCCGUGGCAUCCAUGUCAUUGUCCUCAACCAGGCCACGGGCCAUGUGAUGGCAAAGCGUGUGUUUGACACAUACUCACCUCAUGAAGAUGAAGCCAUGGUGCUAUUCCUCAACAUGGUAGCACCUGGCCGAGUACUCAUCUGCACUGUCAAGGACGAAGGCUCCUUCCACCUCAAAGAUACAGCGAAGGCUCUACUAAGGAGUCUGGGCAGCCAGGCUGGCCCUGCCUUGGGCUGGAGAGACACGUGGGCCUUUGUGGGACAAAAAGGAGGUCCUGUUCUCGGGGAGAAGCAUUCUAAGUCACCUGCCCUCUCAUCCUGGGGGGAUCCAGUCCUGUUGAAGACAGAUGUGCCACUGAGUUCAACGGAAGAGGCAGAAUGCCACUGGGCAGACACAGAGCUGAACCGUCGCCGCCGGCGCUUCUGCAGCAAAGUUGAGGGCUAUGGAAGUGUGUGUAGCUGCAAGGACCCCACACCCAUCGAGUUCACCCCUGACCCGCUCCCAAACAACAAAGUCCGCAAUGUACCUGUGGCUGUCAUUGCAGGGAACCGACCCAAUUACCUGUACAGGAUGCUGCGCUCUCUGCUGUCAGCCCAGGGAGUAUCUCCCCAGAUGAUAACAGUUUUCAUCGAUGGCUACUAUGAGGAGCCAAUGGAUGUGGUGGCACUGUUUGGUCUGAGAGGCAUCCAGCAUACUCCCAUCAGCAUCAAGAAUGCCCGUGUGUCUCAGCACUACAAGGCCAGCCUCACUGCCACUUUCAACCUGUUUCCGGAAGCCAAGUUUGCUGUGGUUCUGGAAGAGGACCUGGACAUUGCUGUGGAUUUUUUCAGUUUCCUGAGCCAGUCCAUCCAUCUGCUGGAGGAGGAUGAUAGCCUGUAUUGUAUCUCUGCCUGGAAUGACCAGGGUUAUGAACACACAGCUGAAGACCCAGCACUGCUGUACCGUGUAGAGACUAUGCCUGGGCUGGGCUGGGUGCUCAGGAGGUCCUUGUACAAGGAGGAACUGGAACCCAAGUGGCCCACACCAGAAAAGCUCUGGGACUGGGACAUGUGGAUGCGGAUGCCCGAGCAGCGUCGAGGCCGAGAAUGCAUCAUUCCUGAUGUUUCCCGAUCUUACCACUUUGGCAUUGUAGGACUCAACAUGAAUGGCUACUUCCAUGAGGCCUACUUCAAGAAGCACAAGUUCAACACAGUUCCAGGUGUCCAGCUCAGGAACGUGGACAGUCUGAAGAAAGAAGCGUAUGAAGUGGAAAUUCACAGGCUGCUCAGUGAAGCCACAGUUCUGGAUCAUAGCAAAAACCCCUGUGAAGACUCAUUCCUGCCAGACACAGAGGGCCACACCUAUGUGGCCUUUAUUCGAAUGGAGAAAGAUGAUGACUUUACCACCUGGACCCAGCUUGCCAAGUGCCUCCAUAUCUGGGACCUGGAUGUGCGUGGCAACCACUGUGGCUUGUGGAGAUUAUUUCGAAAGAAGAACCAUUUCCUGGUGGUGGGGGUCCCGGCUUCUCCUUACUCAGUGAAGAAACCACCGUCAGUCACCCCAAUUUUCCUGGAGCCACCCCCGAAGGAGGAGGGAGCCCCAGGAGCAGCAGAACAGACAUGAUACCUCCUCCAGGACCCUACAGGGUUGGGUACUGUGUACCCCAGGCAGGCUAGCCUUUCACCCCAUCUUGUAGGAUUUUGUAGACACUGGCAGGGGCUGGUUUGUUUUUAACAUGAGAUUUAAUUACUAAUUCCGGCAGGGGGAGGCUUCUCUUGCUCCAGCACUCCUGUUUCCAAGUUGGAGGUCUAUUUAUUUACUUUCUUGUUGGGAAAGGUCAGGCUAGUCCCUGGGAAUCAUUGGGAUCCUGGACUGCUGGUCCUGCCCUUCUUACAUACCCUCCUCCAGAAUCUAACCUAUUUAUUGACUGUCCUGAGGGCCAUGGAAAUAUGUUGAAGUCUGGAGGACCUUGAUUCUUUUCUGGGCUGGGCUGCUGCCCUGAGGGGGAGGGCUGGCUUUUUACUCAGGAAACUGCUUUGCCCAACCUAUGGACAGCCCAACCAGGACUCUACCUGCUGAUGCAGAUUCACUCAGAGACUCUCAGACACUGAACCAGGCCUCUUCACAACCUCCAUUUUGUCCAGGUUUCCAAAGCUGGAUAAGUUAGUCAUUGAUUAAAAAAGGAGAAAAACUC